AUGGAUGCAGACCCGGCUUCCAAGUCAGAGCCGUCCCUUGCUCAGGAUGCCCAACCAAUGCGGCCAGCGAGAAGACGUGUGAACUCAGACGACACAGAGCGUCCACCUUCUGCCCAGCGUUCGCAAGAUGAGGUCGAUGGCCAAGCCGAUGCGAACGCUGGAGAGCAAACAGAGGAUGAAGAUAGUGACCCUGCAGGAAGAAUCGAGGAUUUUGACUGGGAAGAUCUCCACAUUCGGUACCACGAGGCUAUGAAUGGUUGCCACGACGAAGAGUCGGACUUGAUGCAGGAAUGGGAAAGUCUUAUGGCUUACUUCCGUAUCUGGGCAAAUUCAGGACUUGAGCAUGAGACUGGUCGGACCUACUCAAGGCUUCGUACACGCAUGGCUUAUGUUCAGAACGCUGAAGAAGAGUUAGAGAAGAAGCGAAAUCACUACAUCAGCGUGGUCAAAGCCUUCGAGAGUGCGCUCAACCUCCUCAAAGCCAACGGCAUUGAUCGUUGA